GGCCGCCCCGCUCCGAGCCGCUCCCAUCCCAUCCCAUCCCAUCCCAUCCGCCCCGCGCAGCCGGCCGGGAGGACGGGCGGACGGAGCCCCGGCCGCGCACCGGCGGUCACGGCGCUUGGGAACGGGCGCUCCCGCGGCGGCAGCGCGCCCGGAGCGGAGCGGGGCUCGGCCGGCGGCGAGGAUGCGCGGGAGCGGCGGGCAGCCCUGCCCUGCUCUGAGCCAGCACCGGUAGCAUCCAGAGCUUUGCUGCUGCAGUACACAUAACUUUUCCCAAAUCAGUGGGAUAAUUCCUGUCUUUACAGCUGAACUGUGCUUAAAAGCUUCAAUGCAUCAAGAUAAUUCAAAAUGUGUUAAGGCCCAGAGGUCUCAGGCCCACUGAGAACUGUGUGCCUGGUGGUGUGACCUGCUGCAGUCUGGUGGUGUGACCAGGAGGGACCCCUCGCAGAGCGCCGGCAUUCCUUAAAAAUCCAGCAGCUGGGAAAUGAUGAGUGUGAGGAGCAGAUUGCAGAACUGGACAUUCAAUGUCUGUGUAGGACUUUGAAUGCAGAAGUCACCACAAUGAUCCCCAGCUCUUAUACUGUGCUUUUUACUUAUAGCCAUGUAAGAACCUAAACAAGGAGACAUAAAUUAUUGACCGGAGAAUGGCCCACCGAAGCCCAAUCUUCCCAACUCUUGCCCCUUCUGAAAGACGGGUCCGGAACAUCCCGCUGCACAGCCAGGCACUGACAGCGGUCCCACUGGCCUCUGCCAGCCUGGUGGAUCAGCUGGAGGACAGAAUCCUGAGCCAUGAGAAAACAACAGCGGCUCUUGUGGAACACGCUUUUCGCAUUAAGGAGGACAUUGUUUCCACGCUGCACAGAAUGCAGAACAAAGGGGGGGGCGACCGGUUGGCAAGGCAACUCCUGGAGGAACACAUCCGAAACAUAACGGCGAUAGUGAGGCAGCUCAAUCGGGACAUCGAGAUGCUGCAGGAACAGAUACGUGUCAGAGACAAUCUCAGCUAUGGAACAAAUUCUACCCUGAAGAGUCUUGAAAUGCGGCAGCUUUCUGGCCUAGGAGAUCUUCGGGGAAGAGUGGCAAGGUGUGAUGCUGGGUUAGCCAGGCUGUCUGCAGAGCAUAAAAUUACAUAUGAAAGACUUCAGAGUCUAAGUAAAGACCAGCACACCUCCAAGCUGAUCUUAGAAUCUAAAAUCAAAGAGGCAGAAAUACAGAUUUCUCAUCUGCUGAGCAGAGUGGAGCAAUCGAUAAUGCAACAAGAAGCAAAGCUGAAGAUUGCCUACAAAGAGAGCAACCAACAGCUGCAAGUCUUGGACACAAAAUUAAAAGAUGCUGUAGAGGAGCUCAGCAAUCAGAUUUUGUCUGCACGGAACUGGUUGGAACAGGAACAUGGGAGGACUGAAAAAGAGCUCGUGCAAAAAAUUGACCAACUCUCACUGACUUUUAAGGAAAGCACUGAAAUGAGUGAGAGAGGUAUUGAGAUGAAAUUCAGCCAAAUGGCAGAAAAAAUUGAGAGAAUAGAGGAAAUGCAGAGGAUAACCAUGGAAGCACAUGAAGCAAAGCAGACUGAAGAAAAGAUAAAUAUUCGCAUUGUCAAACUUCAAAAUGAGAUAAAUGAAGAUAUAAAAGAAAUGAAAGCUGAAGUUAACGCUGGGUUUGCAGCUAUCUAUGAGAGCAUUGGGUCUCUACGGCAAGUUCUAGAAGCAAAAAUGAAGCUGGACAGAGAUGAACUACAGAAGCAGAUCCACCAAAUGAAGCAGGAGCUUCCAAGAUGGGGAGAGGCUGGACCAUGACUCCAAGGUUUUGUCUGAGAGAUUAGUGCUUACCUGGCUAACUAGGCAGACCCUAGUGGUGUUCCAGUCUGUAAUGCCAAUUACCUGCAUGUACCAAAUGACAUGCUGCUGCUGCUGCACAGGUGUUUGCUCACAGCAGUAAAUGCAAGCUGUUCAUGGAUAACUGGCAGUUAACUGAGGUGCUGCUUUGCCACUGCACUACUCCAGUUGCUAUCAGGAAAUUUAGCACUGUGUAAAACUGGAGUAAUACACUGGUGAAGCUGGCACCUCGCUUGCUAAAGGCAUCCCAGCAGCUAUAUGCUUUUAUAUGCACCUGCACCCUUCCGCCUUUAAAAAAAAGGUGAGAUACCAUCAUUUGCUUCAUAUGAAUUUGGCAAGGUUCUCCACCUUGAUACAAAUUACUUAGUUGAAAUCAAUGGAUAUUUUUAAAAUUACUUUCUCUACUACUGACUUCCUGGGAAGAAUUGGCUCUAAGCAUCAAUUUUCAAAAUCUAGACACCAUCAGAAAAUCUUUGUUCAGAUUUGCAAAUAUCCUGUGUGUGAAAACUAAGUAGUGUUACAUAAUGUAGUUGUAGACUAAAAUGAUUCAUAAACAACAUAAGAAAUUUAAUUUACUUGCUCUUAAGUAUUGUAACCUUCCAAAAUUAAUAAUCAAGGGGAGCUGACACAAGGUAAAAGAUGUAUAUAGAGUAUUUUUUUACUGGGCAUGUGUUCCUGUGACUUGCUAUUGAUAAAAACUUAGAAAGAUUUGAAAACAGAAGAGAAGGUGAUAAUCUAACCUAGUCUGGAGACUGUAAAAUAAAAUGCAGUUUAUGAUCUCCUUAGAAAUUUUCAUUGAAGUAAAAAAAAAAAAAAUUCAUCCUAUUUAAGUAGACUUUAAUAAUUUAGCAGACUCAAAUUGCUAAUUGCAUUCACAUUAUUUCCAGAUAAUAAUUUCCAUCCCCAGAAGAAAUUAAAUAAUGAAAAUCUGCACCCGUGUGGUAUAUUAUCUAGAUAGGAAAAAAAUUAUUAUUUUUACUUCUUCAUUCAUAGCACGAUAUAUUGCUUCUUAUGUUUGUAAGCCACGCAGGAUUAAACCCUCAUGAAAAAUAAGACUUUAUCCAGCAUCCUGUUAAUUUAUACAAGUAAUAGUUAUUAAUAUACUAUUCUGUGAAUUAUUAUUAAUUCACAGAAUUUACAGUACUGUUAACCUAAAUAAAUUAAUAGGAGUCUCUACACCUCUCCCCUUUGAAAUAGAUCCAACUACCUAAAAUAUUUGCCAUAGACACUUCUGUAGCUUAUAACAAUCUUUUAAGAAUGAGCCAUUGAUUAAUGCAGUCUAUUCCACUGCUUAAAGAAGAUUGCCUUGCCACCCAAACACCUAAACUAGGACAAGGCAUAAUAGCCUUAAAUUUCAAGCACAGAGGACACAAAACCUAAUUUAUUACAUUCUUUCCUGGAUUUUCAUUAGUUUUUUUAGGCAAUCUGUGUGUAAUAGAUAAUUCAAAUGAAGCUUCACAGGGAUAUUUGCCCAAUAUUUCUUAAGUUUUUUCUCCUUCCUACAUCCAUAUAAAACCCACCAAACCAGCAACACCCAACCCAAAGAAAACACCACCACAGAACCCACAAAACAACCAAAACCAGACCACUUGCUCUCACGAAGUUUUAAAAUCUUUCUUUUGUCAGCUAUUUCACAUGCAUGAGGCUUAAAUCACUUGCAGCGUGCAGUCCAGUCAGCUGUGUAAAACAUCCUGAGUGUCACAAGUUAAACUCACUGGAAAAUGUUUAAUUGGGGUACAUGGCUUUUACAUUAGCAUGUGAUAACACAGUAGAACCGUGGUACUGUGCAGUGAGGGACUUGGCUGGAAUCAGAAUUAUGUCAGUAAUCACAGAGCAUUUGUGCUGUUUAUACUCAUUAAACAAACCAAAGGAAUGGUGCAAGUAAGAAGUUCAAAGGAUGAUUCUAACUUCCACAUGCAGCUUUUUAUGUAGUAAGUUUUGUGUUGUGGAUACCUUUAUAUUGUGGAUAUCUUUGUCACUACAAUCUGAUAUAGUUCAAUAGACAGUUGCCAUGCUAGAGAAAAGAAGUAUGAAUGAUAAUGAAGAGCAGUGUAUUCCCGUAACAUCAAUUUAAACUGAAAUACAACAUUUUCUUCUUUUCUCAAUUUCUGUUUUGUGUUCCACCCCCACGAGCAUCUGGCUAUCUGGGGCAGAGUGCUCUCCGUAUCUAAGGAUUCAAGUGCUCAUUAGACAUGUCUUCCAAUAAUGGAAACGUCUAAUAAGAGACAGAUGACAAUGAUGAAGCCCUCCUAUGUGUAGGGGAGGAAUUCCUCCUGUGACACUCCCCGCGGUGUAGGAAAUUCGGAGGCAAAUUUGAAAGGCGGCGAGGCAAUCGGGCGCAGGGCCUCUACUCAGUUUGCCACAGGGUGUCACUGUUACUCUUGGCAAGUGAAGGACGGGUUUCAAUGUACCUGUGUGAUCCAAAGAUGCCGCAAUCCCGCUGGGAUGGGGCCGGAAGUAUUUACCAUGUACUUGGACAAAA